AUGAAGGCGACUUCCUUCAUCUCACAGUUAGGGCCGGGGCGGUUUUACCUCACCGUGCACGCCAAGCCGGGCGGAAGAAGUUCAUCUCUGGCGUGUCAACCUGCCGUGACGUAUGCGGCACUGGAGGUCCGCAUCGGAGCACCACCUGCAGAGGGAAAAGCCAACGCUGAACUGAUCGACUUUAUGCAGACGAUCAUCGAGAAAGAACUGGCGCGGCUGCGCACGGUGCAGCAUCAUACGCCAAGGGACGGCAUUGCGUCCGUCGUGGAAUGCUCAAAUGCCGGCCCUUCCAAGAAGAACAGGAAUAAAGGUAAAAUCAAGGAUAAGAAAAAGAAUCCUGAAAACAAUAAGAUGGAAUGCGCCGUGGAACUCCCAGACAAAGUAAGGGUGUCGCUUGUGGGUGGGGCAACCGCUCGGUAUAAGACGCUAGAAGUGUCAUUUCCUGGGACGCAAGAAGAGUUAAUCAGCGUGUUAAAUUCGGCGUAUGUUUCCUAA